CUUUUUGUAUAGUAUGUGGCCUAAUUUCGAAAUUGCUAUUAAAUUGAAAUUUCUCUAGUGAGCAUAUGAAAAUAGAGCGGUACUCUAAACCCAAACCGAAAUAGCUUCAUAUGUUUAUUAGCAAGUGGACAUGCUCAUUAUAUUGGCCAUUAUUACCCGGCAACUGCUGAUGUCUGAACUCUGACCUCCUAGCAAUUUUAAUAAAAAGGUUAUAAAAGCUCAAUAUAUUGCGUGAAGCGCGCAAACGAAUUUUUAAAUUGAUUUAACGGUUAACAGGCCUGACUAACGCUUUAACCAAAAACCGGUUGACGUUGACACAACAUAGUGCAGUAGGAGAAGUGGAGAAGUUAGAAGCAGUUCAUUGAUUUUCACCGUUGCCACGAAGCAAAAUGCAGGAGGCGUUUGUUAAUAUUAACAGCAUACCCACGCAUAUCAUAACAUGGGGCAAGUGGAUUGAGGAAUCCUUGGACGGUGUGCAAGAGGUUGUUAUCUGUAUAACAGGUAAUCCAGGCCUACCUGGAUUCUAUACAGAGUUCGGAGGGGCCCUGCAGCAACAAUUGGGACUUGAAGGGCGCGACUUACCCGUGUGGGUGAUAGGUCAUGCUGGACAUGAUGAUCCACCGGAGGCGAGCAUACGCGAGGUGCCACAGCUGACUGGCAACGAGGAGCUAUUUAAUCUAAACGGCCAGAUAACGCACAAGAUUGAGUUUAUCGAGAAGUACAUACCUAGCCAUGUAAAGAUACAUCUCAUUGGUCACUCCAUUGGCGCCUGGAUGAUACUGCAGCUGCUGCAGGAUGAGCAGAUACGUGAUAGAAUCAAAAAGUGUUACCUGCUCUUUCCCACCGUAGAGCGUAUGAUGGAGUCACCUAAUGGUUGGACGUUUACGAAGAUUGCCAUGCCGUUGUACUCUGUAUUUGGCUACGUGUUCUUUAAUCUGUUCAAUGCGAUGCCCAUAUGGCUGCGUAUCUUUCUCAUACAAAUCUACUUUUGGAUAUUUUCGAUACCCAAGCACUACGUGGGCACAGCCCUAAAGUACUCUCGACCAUCUGUGGCGGAGAAGGUGGUCUUUCUGGCCGACGAUGAGAUGGCACGUGUGCGCGGCUUGCAACGCGAACUAAUAGAGCAACAUUUACCGCUGCUUAAAUUCUACUAUGGUACCACAGAUGGUUGGGUGCCAGUCGCCUAUUACGAGGAGCUUAUGCGUCUAUUUCCACAGGCAGACGCGCAGCUGGACACAAAGGGCAUCGAUCACGCCUUUGUGCUACGCUCAUCCAAGCCCAUGGCUCUAAUUGUUAGCAACAUGAUACAGCAGACGACGAAUUGA